GCAGUAUCUUCUUAGCAGUAAAAACUUAUUGGUAAAUACACGCUGGUGUAUGUAGAUUUCAUGCUAUAUGUCAUUAGUUCGACGACCACUGUUCUAACAAUCGGUGUUCACUGUUUACGAGAGGUAGCAGCUGACAUUAAAUAAUGCGCGAAAUGGAAUUCUACUACGAUAACAACCGCUGGUUUGUGAUGUACCACUGGCCAGUAGUUGUCACCGAAAGGAAAGCGCUAUGACGCUAUUACUGCUCUCAAAGUAGCAUAAGCAGUACGUGUAAUCGAAUCUCAAUAAGUUGUCCGUUGAACUUGCACGAAUCGUAACUUCUUUUGAGGUGGAGGAUCGCGGUCAAUAACGCCUGAUGCAAAUGCAUCACCGGCGUAUGACGGCUGCGCCUAGUUUGUUUUCUGUCGGUGGACGUUUCAUAAGCUUUACCACCGUUCGUGGUAUAGCUAAGCGCCAAGUAGCGAUGUCGUCAUCAGAGCCGAUGUCAUUGGACCGUUUUAAGGGCUGUCUUGUCGGAGGCGUAAUGGGAGACUGUUUGGGAUCACCUUUUGAAGGAGAUGCAAGAGUAACCAAAUCGGUGCUGGUGCAGUAUUUCAAGAAUAUGAAUGACGCCCACACGAACAAAAAUCUACCUUACAAACGAUAUACAGAUGAUACUGCAAUGACCUUUGCUCUGUGCAGGUCGUUGUUGGAGAAGAACGCAUUGGAUUUGCCUAACCUUGCCAAACAUUUUGCACAGGAGUUCAUCAAAGAUCAUCGCAGAGGUUACGGACAAGCAGCAGGGUAUCUUUUGUCGCAUCUUAAUAAGUACGAGCUGUGGAAGUCGUCGUUGGACGAGGACGUCGUGGGACCCGCGAAAGCUCAGUUUGAUGGACAAGGAUCAUAUGGUAAUGGAGCCUCCAUGCGCGUAGCGCCAACUGCCCUGUUUCAUGCGACCGAUGACACCGAAACAUUGGUAAAAUCAGCUUAUCGUCAAUCUUUAAUAACUCACAGCAAUGGACUGGGUAUCCUGGGUGCUAUAGUGCAAGCAGCAGCGGUACGUCUAGCAUUGCAAGCGGAGGAUCAAAUCGACACCCAAAACUUUGUAACAGAACUCAAAAAAAUAGUGACCGGAGUGGAAGGUAUUCAAUAUGAUUAUAAAAUUAUAUUUGUAAAUAAACUUAACUGCAUUUCAACAUAUCUCACCAAAACAUCAAUCGACGAAGAGGCAUUUCUUGAAGACUUGGGCAAUGACAUCACAGCUCAUGGAUCUGUGCCUACUGCAAUUUACGCCUUUCUUAAAGCUCUUCAACCGUUGUCCGAGUUUGAGACAUCCAGUGGUGUUAUUCGCUCAAUAUUCGCAGCUAUUCGGAUCGGUGGAGAUACUGACACAAUAGCGUCAAUGGCGGGCUCCAUUGCCGGAGCUUACUACGGCCAGAAAGAUAUUACUGCAGAAUUGUCUAGACACUGUGAGGGCAUAACGACAGCAGAAGAAUUCGCCAUCAAGAUGCACGCGAGGAUCUCUCCGUGAUGGUAGAUACAAAUAAUUAAUUUUACCAAAAAAAA